AGUGCCCUGGAUGGUACCAUUAGCGGCAUUGACCAUGGAGCCUUCCAACAAUUCUACGGUGUCCUCCAACUACAGCAAUAUGUUUAACAAAUUUGUCCACCUGGAUGGAGAACUCUCGGACAGAUUUCAUACCUUGUGGAUAGUCCUGGUGGUGAUCAAUACCAUCAUCUUCCUGAUGGGCGUGGUGUUGAACUCUGUAGCUCUCUACGUCUUCUGCUUCCGCACGAAAACGAAAACCACCUCGGUCAUCUAUACCAUCAAUCUGAUCAUCACCGAUCUGCUGGUGGGCUUCUCUUUACCUGUCCGGAUCAUUGUGCACUACAGCGCCAAGGACUGCCACACCUGUGCGCUCGUCCACAUUUUCACCUAUUUUGUCAACAUGUACUGUAGCAUCCUCUUCCUCACGUGCAUCUGCAUUGACCGGUACCUGGCCAUUGUCCAGGUGGAAGCCUCGCGCAGGUGGAGGAACCCCGACUACGCCAAAGGGAUCUGUGCUUUCAUCUGGACCUUCGCCACCGUGAUCACCUUCUCCAUCCUCACCCUGGCCGUGAAGUUCUCCUACUGCUGCAUUGCGCAGAUCUUGCCCUUGAUGGUCUGCGAGUACUUCUUCCCCCUGAUCAUCCUCACCUUCUUCACCACCAGGAUCAUGUGCGCCCUUUCCAAGCCCACGCUUAUGCACCAGAGCCGGGAGAGGCGGAUGAGAGCCGUGCAGCUCCUCAUCACGGUCCUGAUCAUCUUCAUGAUCUGCUUCACCCCCUUCCACGUGCGCCAGCUGGCCAUUGCCAUCAACCCAGCCAUGUCCUACAACCUCAGCUUGGUGGUCUACCACGUGACCGUCACCUUAAGCAGCCUCAACAGUUGCAUGGAUCCCAUCGUCUACUGCUUCGUCACCAACAACUUCCAGUCCACCAUGAAGAACAUCUUCCGGAAGACGGAACUUGAGCAAGCCAGCGGGGAGGUGAUCAGCAUCAACAAAGGGUCCGGCUCAAACGCAAUUAUGGCGUUUGCGAACGCGAUAGGGAACCCCAUGGGUUUGGCUUUGCCGAGCAACACCACAAACUCCUAGACUUUGAGAAGUCUACAAGGGGUAGAGAUGAUGUCGACUCUU